AUGUUUGUCUGGUGGGACUGCAACAUAUCCCUAUUUACUAGGUCCGGGCUCGUCUUUCCGGAGCGGUACCACGACUUCGUGCUCUCGAACGAUAAUGACGAGGGCUCUAACAUCUUCGCACUGUCCGGAGUGCCGAAAGAAGUAUUCGGGUACUUUCGCGAGCUGGCAGAGCUGGCCAGCGAGAAGGAGCUGAUUUCCAAGAUGAAGCAUGCAAAACUCGACGACCAGAGGGUGCUGGAGCUUGAGCGAUGUAUCCGAAACCUGACGCACCCUCCUCUCGGCGAUGCCGAUAGCGAAGAGAAGGUUCAUACUUGGCACGACUACUACAACGGUACAAACGCGUGGAAACACGGUCUGCUGCUUUACAUUGCCCGCGUUCUCAAGUGGGACAGGAUAGGGGAGCCCAAUCGUCAGGAAAUCACGUCGCUGUCCAGGCUGGUCCUCGACAGCGUGCGGUGCUGCAGGGCAGACUCAAAUUACCGCAAACAGUUCCUGCACCCCGUCUUUCUAGCCGGCGCAGAGUCGACAGAUUCAUAUUCGAGACAGUUUGUCGCGGACUAUUUCGAAAAGUGGUACCAGAGGGAUGGGUACGCCAUGUUCAAGGACGCGUUGGUUCUCUUGCGGGAAAUAUGGCAGCGACGAGAUGAAAGUAACGACGCGAGGAUAUGGUGGGGGAGCGUGGUUGGGGAGCGGCCCUUGGGUGCGUCUCAAUUUUUGCUCGGCUAA